UGAUACAACACCUCGGGCUUCAAUAAUAUUUAAAUCUUGCAAUCCUCAUCUCCGCGCGUCGCGGUCUCUGAGCUCAAAUUCCCCGUGUCUUCAUCGAAGCCCCUUGAUCUUCUUAGUGCUACGAUCCCUCGAUGAACGAAUCCUCUGACGACCCUCCAUUAAUAGACCGCAUUGCUCGCCGGUGCCAAGUCAGGGCUGCUGCUCAUGAAGACUCACUAGGCGUAAACAGCCGCGCUAAUCACGACAGUAAUCAUAUCCUACCCAUAACAAAUUCUUCUGCUCAAAAACAUGACCCAGAUGACAGAGCUGGUAACAAGCCCAGUUGUCAAGAUGAGUCAAAACCUGUCCCCACGACUGAAGCAGCCUCAGUCGUUUCCCGCUCCCUUUCGGCCAAAAACGAUACUGGGAGUGAGGAAAAUGCUGCCACCAUAGGAGCUGUGGAAAAGGACUCUCCCAUAAUUCGAAUAUAUCGCACCAUACGCUUGAUUAUUUUGUCAAGCUGGAUAAAUUGGGCUCUCGUUUUUGUCCCCAUUGGAAUUGCCUUGGGCGCGGUGAAUCGUUCCAUGGGACAUGAGAGUCCGAUCAGUCCUAUCAGUCCAACCGUGGUGUUCUCUAUAAAUGCCGUGGCCAUUGUUCCUUUGGCUUCACUGCUUAGUUUCGCGACUGAGAACGCUGCGAGAAACCUAAGUGACAAAAUUGGAGCACUAUUGAAUGUCACGUUCGGAAAUGCCGUGGAACUCAUUAUAUUUAUGUACGUCUUUGAAAUCAACUUCGAUUCAAUUUUCAGUCCGCCCUAGUUUGCUAUUUCAUUUCCUCCCACUCGAAAUCCCCUAGUCAGGAUACUAACACUGAAUCAACCCGAACAGUAUAGCACUUGUAGCUAAAGAAGUCCGAAUCGUGCAGGCAUCUCUGCUUGGGUCCAUUCUAGCAAAUUUACUGCUUAUUCUAGGAAUGUGUUUCCUAUUUGGUGGACUUCGAUAUCGAGAACAGCUGUACAAUUCAAACAUUACCCAAAUGAGUGCCGCUUUGCUCAGUCUCAGCGUCAUGAGCCUUCUCUUACCAACCGCUUUCCACGCCUCAUUCAACAAUAUGGAGACUGCCGAUGCCGUUGUAUUGAAAGUGAGCAGGGGUACCAGCGUGAUCCUUCUGCUGGUAUAUGUUCUAUACUUGCUAUUUCAACUCAAAUCUCACGCGUACUUUUAUGAAAGUACCCCUCAACACAAAAUUGACGAAGAAUCUCAUCCAGGAGUCCUGGCCGACAUGUUAAAUUCCCCCAGCUCAUCGGAAUCUAGCUCAUCAAGCGAUAGUGACAGUGACGGAACAUCGGGGUCCUACACACGAACAAAGCGCAUCAAAAACGCGCUCAAGAAACGGCGACGUCAUAAGCAGAGCAUUAACUCGAAAGACGUGAGACAAAGCUUUUCAUCGGCUUCCUUUAGUCGUACCGUUUCAUCAAGCUCGCAGCCAAUGACAGAAUCAGCCCCAUCGCAGUCCAAACGACACUCAGAAUUUACGUCGGCUGGUAUGGAGCAAGCAGUUAGUGUAAAUGAGGUGGAUACGGAUGAGACAAAUACGACUCAAGACUCUCCUCCAUCUCGCCCCGUUUGCAAGGAUUUUGCCUGCCCCGACUCCUCUGUUAACAUUCACGGGAGCAGACACAAGCAAACAAAAAAUCGCCACAAUCACAACGAAGGUAAAGAGCGCGUGGACAGUGUCAAUAGCCCUGUGAUGGAUCAGAAUGGUCGGGACGACCACCCAACCUUUGAUUCCACUCCGCCCACCCACGCCAAACGACAGGUUAACUUUACCACUGAUUCUGCCAAUUCUGCCGAGCCAAUGGCCGCAAAACUGCCCCUCGCUGCACGUAGUCUGUCCCAGCGGCAGGUCCUUCCGCGAGUUUUCAUGAACAAACCACAUUUGUACUCUGCUCAUAGUACUACAACGGCUCCCUUCGGUAGUCAAUGUAGUUCUGGUGACGGUGAAUGUGGUUUAAGACGUGCAAAUUCGCUUCCUGGUCGUUUGCAAAGCCCGUUUAGUCGCCCAAUAAUGCCUUCAGCUCAGCCACUUCCGCGCCUCAUGACUAUUGCUCCAUCACAGGGUCCCGAUGGAAUUGCAACUGAGGCUAUAGGGUCAUGUCAUAUAUCCCGCACGGCUUCUAUUAUUCUCCUAGUUGUGUCCACAGCCCUUGUCGCAGUCUGCGCGGAGUUUCUAAUCGAUAGCAUCGGAUACCUCGUUGAGAAUACUGGCGUCAGCCAAGCCUUUAUUGGGUUGGUUAUCUUGCCUAUUGUUGGCAACGCUGCUGAACACAUCACUGCGGUGGUAGUAGCCGGCAAGAACAAAAUGGAUCUCGCCAUUGGUGUUGCACUGGGGAGCAGUAUUCAGAUUGCUCUGUUUGUGACACCCGUCAUUGUGCUGCUGGGAUGGUGCCUAAAAACUGAGAUGUCGCUCUAUUUUAGCCUAUUUGAAACUAUCUCACUAUUUGCCUCUACUUUCAUUGUCAACUAUCUGGUCCUAGACGGCAGGACCAAUUACCUCGAAGGAGCUCUUCUCAUAUCCGCUUACGUGAUCAUUGCCCUAGCGGCUUUCUUUUAUCCCUCAUGUGAGAAUCUAAGCAUGGCUAGUGGACCAUACGAUGCAGGAGCGUGUUAAAAGAAAUGUUGGCUUUCUCGUUGAUGAGGCUAGUGCUGGGCGUUGAGACGGCGCAGCAUUUCGGUCUUUUAAUAGGGACUGUGUGAAAUGGACAUGGCUUGCUGAUCAAGGUGGUUAGCUCGGCUCGCAAUGAGUUGUGCUAUGGAACACGAGCCCUGGGUUAAUUACUGCCCAAUGAUAUCACAAUAUGCAGGCACUGCUCUAAUUGAUGUAAAUAUUUCUAAAGUGCACAUGCUUCCUAAGUCCAAUCUCAUUAUUGUCAUGUCUCACUCAACAUUCUUCAUCAUGGCAUUGAACUUCCAUUCCACAGUCAUCCUCAGUCAAUUCAUUGCCCAAUUGUCAAUGCAUAUAUAAUUUGAGACAAUUAUCACUCCAUCUUUGGAUGUUUAGAGAUUUGUUCAAACAGUAUAUCUGUAAAUAAUACUGCACUUCAUCUUCUUGUAGCUAAUACUGUAUAUUCAAAUUCUUCAGAAUAAAUCUCAGCGUCAUCUCAGUCAAUCAGUCAAAUCUUGCACUUAAGAUCUAGUAUCAAAUUCUGGGGUGCAAUAUCUUGAUGCAUAAGAGUCAACUUAUUAAAACUAAAGAGUGGAAUAGUAUCUAAAGCUUGCAUGAAACUUUGUCAAAUUUCAAGUUCAAAGUUAAAUCAAGUCUUCAUUGCUAUAACAUCUCUGAAUGAUCCAUCUUCUAUAUCACUAAACCAGCACCCUUUGGCCUUGUAAAAUUGACAGUCUACUGGGCCUGGUUGUUGGGGUACCUGAGCUGACUGCAAAGCAAGAAACAUAGAAGUCAUCUAAGAAACAACAUCUUCGGUCCCAAACUAUCUACUUUCAGGUUGGUAGAGCAUCUUCUGUCAGCAGCUUCAAGAUUAUGACAGAGGAGAUUUGCCUUACAUCCAAAUUGUGUACCAAGACAUACAACAUUCAUCAUUUCACAGAGACUUUGUGGAUUAUUAUCCUCUCAUUAAAAGUUGAGCAGCAAAAUGCUCCUGAUUAUCCUUCUUUACCCCUCUCCCUUCGUUCAACAAGGCAUCUUCUAAUAGCGUCGAUGACUCGAAAGCCCUUGGGCAACGAGGAGCCUUGCGCAGCGGUGACAUGCUGUUGGCAUU